CGUCACUAACUUGUGAAUAUAUAAAUCAGUUUACACUUACACUCCCUCGGACAUAGUAUCGAUAAAAAGUAGAGUCGAUAGAACCUUUUAAGACAAAGCAGUUUCUAUUUUGCUUUCGUUUGGAGAACAUACCGAAACACACACACACAGAUUCUUCUCUAUCUCUCCUUUUCUCACGCCGAGCUUUCUGCUACUUCUCGAAUCUGAUGACCUUUUAGAAGAAACGACGCCAUUUUCUCACCAAGCCUGACCUCUUCAUGGACGCCGUUUAAGCUCAAUGGACUACUUACUAAGCUGCUGAUGUCUACAGUAAAUCCGGGUUUGGACCUUUUCCUUUUGGACUGAGAACACUCAAUAGAGAGAGAGAGAGAGAGAAACGUUUCUGUAUCUUAUCGGGUUUUGUGUUGUCAGCAGAAGAAGGCUCUACGACAAAAAAAAUCAAAGGCAAUUAUUUUUAGGGUUCAAACGAAGAAAAAUUUGUAGCUUUCGAGAACUUACUGUGUGUGGUGGCUUUUCUAAGACCGAAGCUUUUUUUCUUCUUCUCUCUCCCAAUUUGUAUGGAAUUCUCUAGAGACGCCGGAAUGAUGAUGGAGAACAAGCGUAAUGUCUGCUCUCUCGGAGAAAGCAGCAUCAAGCGGCACAAGUCUGAUCUCUCUUUCAAUUCCAAGGAGAGGAAGGACAAAGUUGGAGAACGUAUUUCAGCUCUUCAACAGAUUGUUUCUCCUUAUGGAAAGACUGACACUGCAUCAGUUCUUCUAGACGCGAUGCAUUACAUAGAGUUUCUUCACGAACAAGUGAAGGUUCUAAGUGCUCCGUAUCUGCAAACGAUACCUGAUGCUACGCAGGAGGAGCUGGAGCAGUACAACCUGAGAAACAGAGGAUUAUGUCUUGUUCCAAUGGAGAAUACAGUAGGAGUUGCUCAAAGCAACGGAGCUGAUAUUUGGGCGCCCGUGAAGACUCCUCUAUCUCCAACUUUCAGCGUCACAUCCCAAUCAACCUUUAAAUGACCAAUUCGGCUCUUUGCCUACUAAAAUCUUUGUGUUAAGCCUAAAGAAGAUGAUCAAUUGUUAUUGUUCUGAUGAAGCCUCUGUAACAUAGACAGAGAGACGCAUGAAGUUGGUUUACAACAGCUUAUGGUGUGGCGAUGGCUGUUAUUAUCUGACUGCUUAAUGCAUCCCCUUACUUGGACUUAUGUAAUAUGAUUGCCCAAACAGAAACUAUAUUAUUCUAAUGAAGUAAAUCUACCUUCUGUGAAAAAUUGCUUAAGA